AUGAAGGGAGUGAGCGUCGCUAUUCUGUGCUGCGUCCUGGCCGCGGCCUCGGCGAACGAGAGCCAAGGAUCCAACAGGUUCUUCAACGGAGGCUUCGGUAGCGGCAUUGGUAGCGGUUUCGGAGGUGGCUUCAGCGGUGGCUUCCCCGGCGUCGGGGGAUUCCAAGGAGGCGGCUUCUCUGGAGGUUUCGGUGGUACCGGAGGUUUUCGGUGGUACCGGAGGCUUCCAAGGAGCCGGAAUCUCCCAAGGAUCCAGCCAGUGCAGGUACUGGUGCAGGAACCCGGAGAACCAAGUGGCCCCGUCGGCACCAAGCCUCUCGCCUGCCCCGCCGUGCGCCCCACAUGCCCGUUCAACGUGCGCGGCCUGCGCCCCAUCACCUGCUCCAACGACUACAGGUGUGGCGGAGUUGACAAGUGCUGUUUCGACAGGUGCCUGCAGGAACACGUGUGCAAGCCCCCCUCCUUCUUCGGCUGA